ACAUUGCACGACUUCUUUUUUAGACCUUUCUCUAUAUUUUCAUAUUUUAUUUUUAGAGAAGUAUACCAACUUCAUCAUGAUUGAAGACAAUAAGGAGAACAAAGACCAUUCUUUAGAAAGGGGAAGAGCAACCCUCAUUUUUUCCUUAAAGAAUGAAGUUGGAGGCCUUAUAAAAGCCCUGAAAAUCUUCCAGGAGAAGCAUGUGAACCUGUUACAUAUCGAGUCCCGAAAAUCAAAGAGGAGAAGCUCAGAAUUUGAGAUUUUUAUUGACUGCGAUAUCAACAGAGAACAGCUGAAUGAUAUUUUUCAUCUGUUGAAGUCUCAUACUAAUGUUCUCUCUGUGAAUCCACUAGAUAAUUUCACUGUGAAGGAAGAUGAUAUGGAAACUGUUCCUUGGUUUCCAAAGAAGAUUUCUGACCUGGACCAUUGUGCCAACAGAGUUCUGAUGUAUGGAUCUGAACUAGAUGCGGACCAUCCUGGCUUCAAAGACAAUGUCUAUCGUAAAAGACGAAAGUAUUUUGCAGACUUGGCUAUGAACUAUAAACAUGGAGACCUCAUUCCUAAGGUUGAAUUCACUGAAGAGGAGAUUAAGACCUGGGGUACGGUGUUCCGAGAGCUCAACAAACUUUACCCAACCCAUGCCUGCAGAGAGUAUCUCAAAAACUUACCUUUGCUUUCUAAACAUUGUGGAUACCGGGAAGAUAAUAUCCCACAAUUGGAAGAUGUCUCAAACUUUUUAAAAGAGCGCACAGGUUUUUCUAUCCGUCCUGUGGCUGGUUACUUAUCACCAAGAGAUUUCUUAUCAGGCUUAGCCUUUCGAGUCUUUCACUGCACACAGUAUGUGAGGCAUAGUUCAGAUCCCCUCUACACCCCAGAGCCAGAUACCUGCCAUGAACUCUUAGGUCAUGUCCCCCUUUUGGCUGAACCUAGUUUUGCUCAGUUCUCCCAAGAAAUUGGCCUGGCUUCCCUUGGAGCUUCAGAGGAGGCUGUUCAAAACCUGGCAACGUGCUACUUUUUCACUGUGGAGUUUGGUCUGUGUAAACAAGAUGGGCAGCUAAGAGUCUUUGGUGCUGGAUUACUCUCUUCUAUCAGCGAACUCAAACAUGCACUUUCUGGACAUGCCAAAGUAAAGCCCUUUGAUCCCAAGAUUACCUGCAAACAGGAGUGUCUCAUCACAACUUUUCAGGAUGUCUACUUUGUAUCUGAAAGCUUUGAAGAUGCAAAGGAGAAGAUGAGAGAAUUUACCAAAACAAUUAAGCGUCCAUUUGGAGUGAAGUAUAAUCCAUAUACACGGAGUAUUCAGAUCUUGAAAGACACCAAGAGCAUAACCAGCGCCAUGAACGAGCUGCAGCACGACCUCGAUGUUGUCAGUGACGCCCUUGCUAAGGUUGGCGGGCAGCUGAGCAUCUGACUGUUGCCAGUCCUAAUCCUGAGAACAGCUGAGCAUCAAUUCAGAGGCCUGUGGGCCAACUCUUGCUUUUCUUAAAGAGUUGGUUGUGGAGGGACAGCAGCCAAACAAUAUUCUCUACUUCUAUUUCUCAAUGGAUCAUUAGUCUUUGAAAAUUUGUACCUGGAUACUCUAGCUACCACCUAUUUUUUUUUUUUUCUAACAUCUUUAGUGAAAUGUGAUUCAUAUACCAUACAAGUCAUUGACCACCUGUUUUUCACAGAGAAGUUGAUUGACCCAAUGGAUAGAUCCAGUCCCAGCCUGAUUCUAUUUUUUCCAAUCCUUCUUGAGUAAAAUGACCUUUCUGAUCACUUAAAAUACCUUAAUGUAUAUUAUGGAGCUGACCCAUAUUGUUACCUAAGAUCCUCUUAUUUCUGAAGUUUCUAACUUAUUGCUGAGUUUGUGCCAAGCUUGGUCACAUUCACAUGCCUAAACUUGAUAGACCAGCUGUCUCUGCUGCUAGCAUGAGCAAAGCGUAGAGGCCUUUGCACAUGAAACAUACCCAGUAAAGAGCAAGUAGUCUAGUUCAAGUGUAGUGUCUUGUGGGGAAAUAGUAGCAAAGUCUGGAAAGGUUGAUUGUGGUAUAAUUCUUGAGAUCAGGCUAAGAAUUUGGGACUUUUAUUUUGUAGCCACUAGGGAGUCCCUUCCAAGUGACUACCCUCCUUGAAACUCUUUCCUGUUGAUGGUGUUGCAUGAUGCUGGUUUUGUUUUAGAUUAUCUGUCCUACUCAUGGAGCUAUGGGGAACUUGGUGGGGGUGCCACUUGCA